UCACCCCCACUCACUAUCACUAAGCUGAAUUUUGCACACAUGACUGAAGAGGGGAAGAGAUCUUCGGCCAGUGUUACCUUUCCGGCUAAGCCGCCAUUUAUGGCCGAUGAUCGGAAAACCACCGCAUCGUCGUUAUCUACCUCUACUUCUAGCAGCAGGAAAGUCAUCAUUAAGAGUGCCGAUAUGAAGGAAGAAAUGCAGAAUGAAGCUGUCAAUAUCGCCAUUUCCGCCUUUGAGAAUUGCAGUGUGGAGAAGGAUGUCGCGGAACAGAUAAAGAAGGAAUUCGAUAAGAAUCACGGUCCUACUUGGCACUGUAUCGUCGGCAAAAACUUCGGGUCUUACGUGACUCAUGAGACAAACCACUUUGUGUAUUUCUAUUUGGAAUCGAAAGCAGUGUUGCUGUUCAAAUCUGGUUGAGCAUGCUUUAAUACUGUUGUGUAUUUGAAAGAAAGCCGAAUAGAAUGCCGAAUAUAUACCUGUGAUGUUGUAUGAUAGUAUCUGUGUUUGAAUGAAUGCUUUUAUAAUUUACAUCUUCUGAGAUUAUUAUUC